AUGGUGAGAGUGGUGUUGUUUUUGCUGUCAGUGUUAAGUUGGGCGGGUUUGUAUGAGCCGUCGCGUUUGCUGUACGGACAUGUUUCACCUGGGACAGGUUCAUUGGAGGAAUGGUACCUUCGGUCUUUAUUGAGUGCGGGUGUUUCUGAAGUACUGUUACCUGGUUACGUGGGCAAGAGCAUGUUGACAGGACCGAUAGCAUCAUGGCAGAAUGACUUCUCGGACUCGCAGCGUUCGACAUUACGGCAAUUCGCUCGACAAAAGAAGAAUCGGUUGUACAUGAUAGUGGAUGCGAGUGUGACUCUAGAUGCACGUGCUGGCACAGAUGCAUGUUCUCUGGCUCAGGCUCUUAAGUUGGAUGGUGUGUUGUUCGCAUUGGGCAGUAAUACGGCAGGUGUGCGUGAUGCCUUGACGUCCUGCGCACAGUUCGUUGACUGGACCGGGACCAUUACGCCAUCCCAGGUUUCUUCACCCGCCGUGGCUACUGGUGCGGCUGACUAUGAAAGACACAUUGUGGCUUUCUCACUCAGUGACUUUGCAUCUAAUAGAUCACUCGCAGAUGCCAUGCCCGGUGUACCCGAAAGCCUACUAGUCGCAGGCACCAUUUGCGAAGGACAAGUCUGUCCAGCCGAACUUCUCAAACUACCCCUCAAUGAUAACGGAAUCUAUCUCGGAAACAUUCCCUCACCUGCCGAUGCUAACCUAGAGCAGUUCCUUACCACGACGCUACCCGAUAUCAAUGGAUUACUCGACGAUGACGACCGGAAGGCCACCCCCGCUAGUCCAGAGUCGGGCGGAGCCAUCUGCAAACCCCGACAUUGA